AUGGUAAUUGGUCUAUUUACCCUUUGCACUCUUCGUCUGAGUGAUUCCCAUCAACAUCAUUCAGCUGCUCGUCGAGCGAGAAUUGUGACAACUGGAAAUCCUGUCGAUGCCGAUCCACCCAUCUGGCGGAUGGAUGAGCUGUGUAACCGCUGGCGACACAGACGACAAAUGGGACCUUUUGCUGCCACUUCCUUUUCAGCUUCUUCGGAUGAGGUGGAACCGAUUGUGUCCAACACAGAUGCCUUUGAUUCUUUCCCCAUAGUGCAGACUCAGGCACCAUCAAGUAGACUGAGUGAAUCGAUUUCACGAGCAAUGGCUGUCUGGCCGCCAAUUCCCAGUGGGCCUGCGCCGACUCGAAACGAAGUGUUUGGGACAGAUCCUGCAUUAAUUACCCAUCCACCCCCAAUAGCUCCAAUGAGCAGAGCUGAACGACGGGAAGCCAGAGGAAGAUGUCGUCCUCCUGAUCAAUCUUCUACUGAAGGAAGGACCAAUUCACCAACAAUUGGCCGAAAUCGUUCCGAAAUUGAUGAGAGCCCUAUUCCAGCUUCGCCUAUGAGAGAACCCCAUUCACCGUCUUCUCCCAGCCUAAAGAAAGGAUCGAAAUCAGACACGAAUCAAUGCUAUUGUAAUCACUAA